AUGUCUGCCAGCCAGGACUUCCUGUAUGGGAAGCCUCGCAACAAGAAGAAGAACAAUGAGCAGACAGCUUCGGAUCUCGCUUUCUCCUCCCAACUCUCGUCGCUGAUCACCCAAGGCGCGACUGACUCCCCCAAGGGGCGCCAGCGUCCUUCCAAAACUCCGAAAUCCGAUAUCUUUGGAACUCACAACAAAGGGCUCCAGAAGCGCGCUGCCACCGAUCUCCUGGAUGAUAACCGUGCACUCAAGCAAGCUCAUCUGAAGACUCAAGACAUCGGUUCCGUCGACACCGCCACACUGGGCCGCUCUCGCCGCCGCAUGGAAGAGAAAGCGCAGAUGUACGACGACAUGAAGAAGGGUCUGCAUCUCGCAGGUGAUAGCGACGACGAAGACGCUCCAAUUGAUCCCCUCGACCCGGAGGCUUAUCUCAAGCGACUGCGACGCAAGGAGAAGGAGGGAUUGAUUGAUUUCGAUCAAAAGCACGCAAACGAAGAUGACUUGAAGCAUGAUGAAUCAGAUGAUGACAUGGCCUCGGUUGUUUCCUACGAAGAUGAGUUUGGUCGUUCCCGCCGUGGCACUCGUGCGGAGGCUGCGGAAUCUGCUCGUGCAAAGAAUGAAGAAGCCGGCGGCACAUCUGCCCAGGAGCGCUGGAAACCAGCCCGUCCCGACAAUCUCAUCUAUGGAGAAGCUAUCCAAUCUGAAGCGUUUAACCCGGAUGCCAAUAUCGCGUCGCAAAUGUCUCAUCUCGCUGCUCGUCGUGAUCGCUCGCCUACUCCCCCUGAGUCUAAGCACUACGACGCUGAAGCGGAAGUGCGCAACCGUGGAACUGGUUUCUAUAGCUUUUCCACAAACGAGGAUGAGCGCCGAAAGCAGAUGGGAGAGCUUCAGGCCGAGCGGCUCCAUACACUCUUUAAGCGGCAAACCUGGGAAGAAUUGGAGGAGGAACGAAAAGUCGCAGCCGAUCUCAGAUGGGAAGCGAUGAAGGAGGAACUCGCACGCGAUAAGAUCAUGCUUGCUGAAAGGGCUCGUCAGGAUGCACUCAAUCCCCCAGUUUUCGACCCAGAUGACAUGCCUGACCCGGAGCUUGACUUUCUGUGCAACGAAGACAUGCAAAGACCGAGUUAUCGUCGCCCCAAGCACCGCUUCUAUCUGUGGAAAUGA